AGAAGAGAAGAGCAGAGUAGAACAGAGAAGAGAAGAGCAGAGUAGAACAGACUAGAGCAGAGUAGAAAAGAGAAGAGAAGAGCAGAGUAGAACAGAGAAGAGAACAGAGCAGGUUAGAGGACUGAAAGUUUAGCCAACUGCCGUUUGGUUGACAACACAACCCAGGUUAUAAAGAUAGAAACAGUCAUAGAGAAUAUAAACCGUCAUAUUACUUAACAGAUGUUUUAUUUGAAGGUACACACUCUUCUUGUUGGGAUUCUGGUUGUUUUAGCAGGUUCAGCCAGGUGUUCAGAAGAUGAGACACGUCUGGUUAAAACCCUGUUCACCGGCUAUAACAAGGUGGUCCGGCCUGUCAAUCACUUCAGAGAUCCGGUGGUGGUGACCGUAGGCUUGCAGCUCAUCCAGCUCAUUAGUGUGGAUGAAGUCAAUCAAAUUGUGACCAGUAAUGUGCGGCUGAAACAGAUAUGGGAGGACGUGAAUCUGAAGUGGAACCCUGAUGAUUAUAGUGGAAUUAAGAAGAUCAGAAUCCCUUCCACAGACAUCUGGCGUCCUGACCUCGUGCUCUAUAACAAUGCAGAUGGAGACUUUGCAAUCGUCCAUGAGACCAAGGUGCUGCUGGAGCACACAGGUCUGAUCACCUGGAACCCUCCGGCCAUCUUUAAGAGCUACUGUGAGAUCAUUGUGCUUCACUUCCCCUUCGACCUGCAGAACUGCAGUAUGAAGCUGGGGACAUGGACCUACGACGGCAACCUGGUAGUGGUCAACCCGGACAACGACCGGCCUGACCUGAGUAACUUCAUGGAGAGUGGUGAGUGGGUGAUGCAGGACUAUCGGAGCUGGAAGCACUGGGUGUACUAUGCCUGCUGCCCUGACACACCCUACCUGGACAUCACCUACCACUUCCUGAUGCUGAGGCUGCCUCUCUACUUUAUCGUCAACGUCAUCAUCCCCUGCAUGCUGUUCUCCUUCCUGACUGGACUGGUCUUCUACCUCCCCACUGACUCUGGUGAGAAGAUGACUCUGUCUAUCUCUGUCCUGCUGUCUCUCACUGUGUUUCUGCUGGUCAUCGUGGAGCUCAUCCCCUCCACCUCCAGUGCGGUGCCUCUCAUUGGAAAGUACAUGCUCUUCACCAUGGUCUUCGUCAUAGCCUCCAUCGUCAUCACCGUCAUCGUCAUCAACACACACCACCGCUCUCCCAGUACACACACAAUGCCCCAGUGGGUCCGCAAGAUUUUCAUCGACACCAUCCCCAAUUUCAUGUUCUUCUCGACUAUGAACCGUCCAUCCAGGGACAGGCAGGAGAAGAGGAUCCACCCGGCUGACUUUGACAUCUCCGACAUCUCGGGCAAGCCUGCCCCUGCCUCUGUCACCUUCCAGUCCCCCAUCACCAAGAACCCGGACGUCCGCAGCGCCAUCGAGGGGGUCAAGUACAUCGCAGAGACCAUGAAGUCUGAUGAAGAGUCCAACAAUGCUGCUGAGGAGUGGAAGUUUGUAGCCAUGGUCCUGGAUCACAUCUUGCUGUGUGUGUUCAUGGCUGUGUGUAUCAUCGGCACCAUGGGAGUGUUCGCUGGACGUCUCAUUGAGCUGAGCAUGCAGGGCUAAAGGAGAGACCUAGCUGUAGUCAUCCUGGUCUGGCCACACCCUGGUUCUCCUGCUCGCUCUGACACCUGUCUGCUGUGCCUCUACCCCGAGUCAUCUGGAAAUGACACUCAAUUGAUUGAUUGGUUGGUUGGAUCGUUGAUUGAAUGUAAUUGGUCCAGUGAGGUGUUGUUAUUGUCAGCUUCUUUUCUGCAUAGAGAUUACAGUUGAAAAUAUGGACAUUCAUGGCACUCAGUGUUGAUAAGGUGUCCUGCUGUCAGCUGUCUGUGGCUUGAUGGAUUGUGUUUAACGAACGAUGCUUAACCUACCUAACGAGGUGAUUUCUUUAUUUCUAACCAUCGUUCCUCAUGUGGAGUGAAGGAUGCAGAGUAUAUUGGUUUAACAAACUCUGCAUAAUGGCUCUGAUUGUGAGCACUCUGGAACUCUUAUGGCACUGUGGAUGAGGGAGGUCACAUUAUGGCACUGUGGAUGAGGGAGGUCACAUUAUGGCACUGUGGAUGAGGGAGGUCAAAUUAUGGCACUGUGGAUGAGGGAGGUCACAUUAUGGCACUGUGGAUGAGGGAGGUCACAUUAUGGCACUGUGGAUGAGGGAGAUCACAUUAUGGCACUGUGGAUGAGGGAGGUCACAAGCAGCUGGUACUGCAUCUCACCGUUGUUGCAUGAUCAUUAUUGACGAUCAGAAGAUCCGUUUGAAUGAGUUUCUCAACAUUGAUUUAGAAGUGGUCCAUUCUUGUGGGCUGUUGCUUAUUCAAUAAAGAUGACAGUGCAGGGGCUGCUGGGAAACUACAUGAUGUUUUAUCUUGUCCGAUGUCAGGGUUUUUUCUCCUCCUUCUGCCAAAUGUCAUCAUGGUUCUAUUUUUAGAUUUGGUUAGAUGUGGAAAGAAUUGGGUGAAUAAAAAUAACAUCUACUUCCAGAUAA